AUGGAAUGUGGUCAGCUGACCCCUCAAUCUGUACGUAAGGUCAACAUUUUUCGCAAUCCAGGAGUUGGCUUUGGAUUUGUUGCUGGCAGUGCACGACCCGUUGUAGUACGAUCAGUCAUCUCAGGAGGUCCAUCAGAAAACAAGCUACUUUCAGGAGAUCAGAUCUUAGCAAUAAAUGAUGAGGAUGUGAGUGAGGCCUCGAGGGAGAGAUUCAUUGAACUGGUCAGGAAUGCAAAGGACUCAAUCACUUUGACAGUACUACAUCCUCACCAAUCUCCCAAAUCUGCAUUUAUAAGUGCAGCAAAGAAGGAGAAACUUCGCUCCAAUCCAGGAAGAGUAAGAUUUUCUGAACUUGUGACUGUGGGAGAUACAAAUCCAGAUAUGUUGAAAAUGAAGGAUUCUCCCCCUCUCCUGCUCAUACCUAAUGUACUAAAAGUGUUCUUGGAGAAUGGACAAAUCAAAUCAUUUACCUUUGAUGGAAGGACCACAGUAAAGGAUGUUAUGGUCACCCUUCAGGAUCGUCUUUCCCUUUGUCACCGUGAUCAUUUUUCUCUUGUUCUUGAGUAUACUGCAUCAGAUCAAAACCAGAAAUAUUUAUUACUUCAAGACAAGCAACCACUAGCUCAUGUUGUACAUCGAACUCACUAUCAAGGUAUGAGAUGUUUGUUUCGAAUCAGCUUCUUUCCGAAAGAUCCAGCUGAUAUUCUUGAUUCUGACCCUGCUGCGUUUGAAUAUCUAUACAUACAGAGUCGUAAUGAUGUGAUUAGAGAGCGGUUAGGAGCUGAACUAAAGCCAGAAAUUCUCUUGGGACUCAGUGCACUACACAUCUACAUAAGUGUGAGCUCAUCUCGUCCAGGUCAUAAGAUUUCACUACGUGGAGUUGAGAAAGAAUGGGGCUUGGAACCUUUCCUUCCUCCAUCACUUCUACAUGUCUACAAAGAAAAACCCCUCCGCAAAGCAUUGGCUCAACACCUGAAAAUUCACCAAAACCAAUUAUCUGGUAGCAAGAUGUCUAUUAUUCAAGCCAAGCUUCGUUACCUACGUAUUCUAAAUGAGCUGCCUACUUUUGCUGGUGUCCUCUUCAAUACAGUUGGCAUGUCUCUCAUAUUACUCAUGGAUUGGCCUGAAGCCACAAGUUUUGCUUGUUUGGUAGCAGGAUAUUAUCGUCUGCUGGUGGACCCCAAGAAAGGCAUAUUUUACAGAACAACAGGUCACUUGCCGCCACCUCAGAUUAUCAAGGCAGAUCACAUCAGUAUGCCCGAAGUGCCAGGCAUGCCAACCUCUGCUAAGGCAACUCCCCCCUCCAGCUCAUCUGUGGAUUUCUCCUUCUCAAAGUGCACAGCUCGUGCACCCUAUGCCCCUUCUGAGAACCAGGAGCCUAUCAGUUUGUGCUACCUCAACCUACAGGACAAACAGAGGAGAGAUGUCAACCAAAAUCUUGUUACAAAAGAAGCCAGACCGCGAACAAAGUCUGAUCCUACCCCCAAGGGGUUAUCCAGCCAACAUGGAACGGUGGGGAUCAAGGAUUCGCCCGAGGUCAGCAGGUCCCGUUCCUUCACAAUGGACACCCAGGUGAAACUGGAGAGUGCCCAAAUCUAUUGUGACUCCUGUAAGGCUAAAAUAAAGAGCCAUUUUGGGGGAGGCGAUAAGGAUGUGAAAUGUAAAAACCCAUGUAGAUACUCAGCCUGUAGAGACAACAUGGUUGAUCUCAUAUCUUUGCCGCCUCCUGAACAUUUGCAAAAUAAAGAGGAAGAAGAGGGUGAACAUGAAAAAGAAGGUGAGUCAGAUGAAAGGGAGAUAGGUGAGACAGCAACUCUUUUGUCUUCUAAAGCACCCCCUCCACCAGGAUUUGGGGAUAACAGUUCAGAUGAGGAAGAAACCAAUCGGAUUGAUGUGAAGGGUCAGGAUAAAGGCAGGGAACAGAAAAAAGACAGUGUGAUGCCAGUAUGUGGAGAUGAGGAGUUACCAGUCACCCUAAUUGACAGUGUCCAAACAAGAACUGUCAAAGAUCAUGCAAAGGAACUUGAUGAUGCCCUAGUUUCUACUCUGCAAGCUCUGGAGGCUCUUGCUGCCUCUGAGGACUUUCCCAAUACAACACCCCAACACACAGCAGGUCUCAUUGUACUUGCUGCAAUUACUCCAGAGUCGUCCAUGGACUCAGGGCAUGAAACAAACUCCUCAGAACUCACUGAUGGUUCAGAGAUGGUGACAGCUAUAAAACAGCAUCACAACACUGCCUAUUUCCUGGCCCAUCACCUUAACAAAGAGAGUCUGCUUUCUCGAAAAGAUCUCCCAUUUAAAAUUCAGACGUGUGCAGCUCAGGCUGUCCUCUCCUCUCCUUACUCUUUAGCUCGCUUAGACACUAGCCCUCUGUUAAAGCCUGCAAUUUUACAACAGCAUUUUACAGGAGCAGAUCAGCAACAAAAUUUAACAGACGCAAUUUCAAAUACACUGUUUAACUUCCAUAGUGAAGUAUCCACGCCUACAUCCCCUGAAAAAUUUCGGGAUGACACUUGUUUGAUGACACCCAUAAGUUCCACAAAAAUCUCACAGAAUGUUUCAAAAAAAAAUUCUGAUCCUUCCUCAGCUAUCAUAGAAAGCUCUUCUGAAGGAACAUCAUCAUCUCCAGCAGAAAAAAACCACAAGAAUAGUUCUAUGUUUCAAAAGGACAGAGAUAUCGAGGAAGGUAGCCUGUGUGAUUGUCAAUUAUCACAAGCAGAGCCUUCUUCAGUAACACUGGGUGAACCAAGCAGUGGGGGACAUGAUGUACUUAACAAUUCCCCAACAGAUGAUGAGAGGCUCCAUGCAAAAGCUUGCUCUGCCAAGACUCCAGAGGAGCAGCUUCAAAGCCAAAAGAUAAUUGAAAAAAAUGAGAUAACCAAAUCAUAUGUAGAAAAUAUAGUUUCACCAAAGCUGGGCAAAAGGAAGCAAGAACCAACUGAAAAAACUCUCAAAACAGAGCAAAUCCCUUCUGUCCCCAACAGCUUUGUGCAUGCACGAGACAAUGCAAAAAUAACAACCAAAUCAGACACUGACAUAGCAACAACCUUAAGAAUACCUGAAAAAGUGCCUACUCCAAUUCAGCUGGAAGAUUGCGAUGCACCAGCUAAACCAAGAGCACGAGCCCCCUUCAAGUUGCGGAAACUCUUUUCUGCAACAUUCCCUACUCGUAUGAGGAGAGAAACAGAUGAGCGUCAAGCACAGCUGCUUAAGGUUAAGCAGUAUGAAAUGGAGUUCCUUGAAGAAUUGCUUAAGCCACAGGGAAAAGUAAGUGCGCAACACCAUGAUGUUCCUGGCUCAUUGGUACCUGGGCGCUGCCCAUGUCAGGUACGUAGCAGCCCUCUACAAAAAGUACCAGGGAUGUCUCGUGAACAAAGGCGUAGCUGUGAUUGUAAACGUAUUAUAAGAGGUAUACGUGCCCCACCUAACCCUUUUCUAGAACCGGAUUUAAGGAGCAGGUCAAGAGUCUCUGGCUCAGGUCUUACAGGUAUUAGACUUGUCCGGUCUUCAAGUCUUGAGUCUCACAAAACAGAAAAAAUGUCUCCAGGUAUUAACACCUCCACAGCAGAUAGUGAGAGCAAUAUGCAUUAUACAAAGUUGCCACAAAUGUCUAAUAGAACUGAUGAGAAUAAAAAGGAAGCUCCCUACAACCCUCAUCCUACUAAAUCACAGAAAAAAGACAGUGAUUCUUCCAUACUUAAAAGCAAGCUGUUAGAUACAUCAGGGAGCAGGGAGGAACCAAAGACUCCAGUUAUUCUUCCACGGCAAGGAGAUACUGUUUCUGUGCAAACCAAGUUGCCUGGAGAGGAAGGGUCAAUUACAGAGGAAAAAUGUUGCUCUUUUCGGCAUUGCUUUAAUUGCCGUAGAUGCUUAUCUGCAGAUGAAAACAAUGAUAAGGAUGAAUUAUCUUACUCCAUUCCCAUGCAGAUCCUUCCGGGAAUGCAUAUAAAUUCAGAUAACACACCUGUUUUAAGUCAGACUCUUCAAGUACUGGAUGCUACUGCAUGUAGUGGCCCUGAAGAUAUUCAAACACAAGAGAUUGAUCUCCGCACUGCCACUUUUGAGGGCAGUCUUGCUAAAGUUAAUGCAUUACGUGGACGUAGUUAUUCCCUACCUGAUGGCUUCAUAUCUGUUCAACUUGACACCAGUGAACUUCUAACUGUUUUGCGCCAGUGCCUAGUGAGCACUGAGACGGGUGCACAGAAGCUUAAUUCAGUGCGUCUAGGUCAACACAAACAAGAGCUAACAUUGCGAUUUAAAGAAUUCAGGGCAUCUUGCAGAAGAAUGGCUGGAGUUGAUAAGAAUCCAGAGCACAUGCUGAUUGCAGUGACGUCUAGCUUCCAGGUCCUUUGUGGUUUGAUUGAGACUUUUGUAAAACUGGUCUUUGUGAUCCAAUCAGACAGUCAACGUCAGGAACUGUUAAGCAAAGUAGAAGAAGUAGUGAGAAAUUAUACAUUCUUGCUUAGAGCAGCAGAGGAAUCCAGUGCUCGGACAAUUGGGCAUAGUCACACUGUAGUAGGCCAGUUAGCCAAGCAAACUGCUACAGUGGCUACAGCAGUUAGCACCUUUUCCCGUUCGCUAAAAACUCUAAUGAAUAAGUAG